GGAGAUACUGCUGUCAUUUGGUGACGUGUAAAAAAAUUGCAAUGGCUGGCUGAUAAAUUUUGACAAAUGCCAAAGUGGUAGUACUGGUAGUGUAGUGGUGGCAAAGUAUUUUGCUAGUGAUAUGUGUUAAAUUGCGUUAUCUAUCUGUUUUCUUCGAAAUUCCCUCUCUCUUGUAUCCAGGUAUUAAGCAGAGGCAUUAUUUCCCUAACAUUAAUGUCCUUAAAGUGUAAUAAGUUAUGGCGGAUCCAAAAAAUGUCGAUAAAUCCCUUGAAGGGGAACCACUGGAUGAUGUUGACCCAAAUAUAGCGAUAUCAAGUGAUGGCCGUACCAUAGCAGAAAGCAUAAAAUCGACUAAGUCACAACGAAUAUCAUCAUCGUCAUCAGAGAGGCAUUUUAAAUUUGAAAGAGCACAGAAAGCCUUGGAAAAUGCUGCACUUGUAUCUAAAAGAAUCAAAGAACAUCGGAAAGCAACAGCUGAACUAUUGGGACGUCCUUUUGAAGAUGAUGAUAUUGGAGAAUCUGCAGAGGUUGCAUCCACCAUGAGUGAACACACCGGAUACUCCGUAGCAACUGACACUUCAACUACUCUUUCUGUUCAGGAUGCCUUGAAUAUUCCUGGUAUUAGUGAAAGUUUAGCUAAUACUUUAAAACAAAAAGAGCUAUUAAUGGAAAGAAUAAAGCAAUAUAAGGAAAUCAGUAAAAGACCAAUGAAAUCUUCAUUUGCUAAAAGAGACUCCAAUACUGAUGCUAAGAUGGAAGUGAAUAAAAAUACAGGAUCCAGCCCUGAUGCCAAACAAUUUCUAAACACCAUCAAAGAAAAGGAAAGAGCUCUAAGCAUAAUGCAGGUAAAGGUGAAAGCUCUGGAAACAACAAUUCUUGAUUUACAAGAGAAGAUUAAUGAAAAGGACCAGAUUAUUGAAGCUAAGAAUAUGGCUACUACACUUAUGUCUGAUAGUUUGAGUAAAAAAGAAAAAGAUUCAUUAAUAUUGUUAGAAGACACAAGACAUCAAAUGACUAAAAUGCAAGAAAAUUUUAUGGCAAUGGAAACAGAAUGGAAAGAAGAAAAAGAGAGGUUAAUGAUGGAAAUUGAAGUGAAAGAUGAUAGAAUUAAGAAUUUAGAAGAAGCUAAUACAAUUUUAGAGAAUUCAAGGUUUGAGUUAACUUUAUCAAAUUCAAAGGUACUGGAAGAAUUAGAAACGAAAAAUCUAAUAAUUUCGAAGUUGGAGGAGAAUAUUAAAACAUUAUCUGCAGAAAAGAUCAAUAAAGAAGAAUCUAACAAGGAGAAAGAAUGUAUUGAAUUAACUUCAUCAAAUUCAAAGUUAUUGGAGGAAUUGGAAAUGAAAAAUCAAGUUAUUUUAAAGUUAGAGGAAAAUAUAAAAGUAUUAUCUGAAGAAAAAAAUCAUAAAGAAGAAUCAGUAAAGGAGAAAGACGAUUUUGAAGAAGAAAAAGGAUCACUUGAAAUUUCCCAAAUGGUUGAAUUGACCAAAAAAGUGGAGCUACUGGAGCAAUUGAAUUGUCAAAUCAGACAAGCUAAUAUUGAGCUGGAGAACAAAAUUUUAAAUGCUAAUGAACCUAAAACAGCAGCUAUGAGUUCUCCUAGUAAAAAAGCAAGUCCUUUGCCAACACGUAAAGGUGGCAGAAAUACUGCAGCAAAGAAUAAAUCUCCUUGGAGUAAUUUAUCUUCUGAAACACAUCAGCAAGAUACAGAAAAGAAGUCAAAUAAACAUGAAAUUUCCAAAUUAGAAAUGCUAGUACAGACAUUAAAUAAAGAUAUUCUAAAUAAGGAAUAUGUUAUAUCUCAAAAGGAUGCAUUAAUAACUGAACUUCAGUCUACAAAUGCUGUUCAAAAAAAUAAAAUAGCUGAUUUGGCAGAAUCAAAAACAGAACAUAUUGUCAGUGUGGAUAUUGGCACAGAUGUGCUUGAUUUAGUAGAAUCCAAGACAGUGUCUGUUACUUCUGACAAUAAUGAAGGUUCUGAAGCUCAAAGCAAUAAAAAACCUGAAGACCUAAUGGAAAUACAAAACAAAUUAGCAACCGCCCAGCAACAAAUUGAUUCACUAAACAAAGAAAUUGAUUUAGCUAAUAAAAAUAUGAUCAAAGUUAAGUCCAACCACAAACUUAAGGUAAAACAAAUGCAAAAGACAAUCGAUAACUUUAGUAAAAUAUCUGAUGCUAAUUCUGAAAUUGUAAAACUAAAUGAAGAACUACAUCAGUUAUCACAGAAAGUAGCUGAACUUGAAGAAGAAAAAGGAAAUUUGCAACUGCAUCUAGUGGAUUAUGACAGUGGACGAUUGACAGAAACUGACAUCUACAAGAAAAUGAUUGAAAUGGAAAACUUAGCUGAAACAAGAUUGAAAGCAAUUAGUGUACUGGAAUCACAGAAAUUCGAAUUGGUUCAAGAUUUACAUGUAUUGCAACAAAAAAAUAUUGAAAUGGAGGAUAAGUUGGCUGAUAUGUCGGUACUACAAAAUGAGCAAGUUUGUUCAGAAAUGAAAUCUGUUCAAUUAGAAGAACAAGUUGAUGAACUUACAGCUUCUCGAAAAGAAUCAGAACUUAUAAUAGAAAACUUAAAGUUAGACAAAGAACAGCUUAAUGGUACAAUACAACUGUUGCAAGAAGAGAAAGUACAAAUUAUCCAAAAAUUAGAAAGUUACAUACAAGAAAACAUGGAUCUUGCUGAGAAACUAGAAAAAUUGAGUGCGGAAAAAGUUAGUUCAGCUGAAUCUAUAGAAAUAGUGGAAUCUUUAACACCUCAGGAAAAACUAGAAUUAGAAGAAUACAAUAAAGGUAUUUUGGAAAGUAAAGAAUCUAACACAGAAGACGUAUCUUACAAUACCGAAAGCAAGGUACUGAGUUUAAUGGACCAGGUUGCAGAAUUGAAUAAAAAGAUUGAUUUAUUCACUCAAGAGAGGCAAGAAGUAAUGGAUAAAAUGAAUAUGAUUAAUUCUGAAAAUGAAAAGCUUCUUGUAGAAAUAAAUGAUUUAAGCUGUCUACGCAAUAACCAGGAAAUUAAUAUCGAACAAUUAAAUCAAGAAAAGAAUGAACUUUUAUCGUUAAAUGACGAAUUAAGUCGACAAAUUGCAGAGCUGAAAUAUGAAAGACAGGAAAUAAUAAAAGAAACUGCAGAAGUUGCUAGACCGAUUCCUGUUGAAGAAGUUCUAGAGGGAUCUACCGACAUACAUCAUGAUGAUAGGAGUUCCGGUGAAAAAGGUGUUAAUAGAAAUAAAUCGGUAAAACAAUUGACUAAAGAAAUCCUAAAAUUAAAAAAUACAAUUAAGGAAAGGGAAGCUGAAAUUGGUGAUUGCCAGAUGAAGAUAUUGUCUUUAGAAGAGCAACAUCAAAAACAAAAUGAAUUUAUCCAAGUUAACACGUCUUAUGAGAAUAAAAUAAAGAUUUUGUCCGAUGAAAACCAGUUUUUAAAGGAGAAAUUAUCAAAAGAGGAAAAAACAGUAGAACAAUUAGUACAGCUGAAACAGGCUAAUGUAAAAUUGGAAGAUGAAUUACGUAAAACACAUCAAGAUUAUACUAACUCAAUUUCAGCCCGAGAUGCCAAAAUACAAGAGCUCGAAAAUAUUUUAUUGGAAUAUGACAAGCAAAUAUCAAACUAUGUCAACUCAUUACAGCAAAAGGAUAAAGAUAUAGUAGAAUAUCUUAAUCAAAUUACCAAACUAAAUGAUGUAUCACAGAAGUUGAAAUCUACUAUUGAAGUACUUGAAGAAGAAAAAGCAAAGGAUCAAAAUGCUGAUUUAAUAAAAUCUUUAAAUAAACAGAUAUCAGCUUACCAAAAAAAAUUAAGUGAUUGUGAGGAAAACCUCAAGAUUCUGGAAGACGAAAAAGCACAGUUACUCUCAAUCAAAACAGUAUUAGAAAAUAAAAAUGUCAAUAUAGAAACAGAAUUGAAAAAAGUUCAAGAACAAUGCAAUGAGAAACAAAACCUCAUUAAAGAGCUUCAGUUAAUUCAACAAAAACAUGGGGAGGAAGUAUCAAAUGUUAAGCUACAAGCUAAAGAACGUGAUGAAGAAAUACAUGAAAUAAAGUUACAAUUAAGAAAAGAAUCAAUUGAGAAUGAAAAAAUGCGUACUCUUUUAACCGAAAAAGAUAAAAGUAUUGAAGAAUAUUCAAAUAUGGUUGAAGACACCAAACAACAAAUGAGUUUGCUUGCAAAUGAGAAAGCACAGUUAACAGAGAACCUCACAACAGCAGAAAUAAAAAAUAAAGAAUUGAUAGAAAAACUGAAGAAGUUUGCUGCUAAUAUAAAGAAAAAGUCUACUAUGUACACGGAAUUGGAAACUCAAUAUCAUAAUAUUGAAAAAGAUCUUCAAUCUAAAAACGAAGUUAUGGAACAGUUUUCCAUACAAAUAGAGACUUUGCCUGUGUUGCAAGAAAAAUUAAAGUAUGCAGAAGACGAAAUCAAUCGAUUACAAGCACAAAAAGUUGCUACUGAACAACAAAAAUCGCAAGAAAUCGCAGCUUUACAUCAAAAAUUAAAUUCAGCAUCAGGUGAUAUAAAUAAAUUGAACGAUACUUUAAAUAACGCAUACAAAGAUUUACAUUUGGCUCAAGAGGACAAUCAGAAGCUAAAAAUACAAGUAGAUUCCAUAAGCAAGAAGUUGGUUGAACAUGAAAUUGAACAGAAAAACAAUUUGAAUUUAUUAACUAAAAUAUCCACUUUAGAGACUGACAUUGGCCAGAAAGAAAGUAAAAUCAUUGAAUUAUUACAUAAACUUGAGAAUCAAGACCAAUUAAUCACUCAGGUCCAAUUUGGACAGGAUGCGAAAGUACAAGAACGUGAUUUAUAUAUUGAGAAUUUAGAAACAGAAAUAGAUAAAUAUAAAAGUCGUAUCUGUCGCCUUGAAGAAAGUAUAUCUGUAAUGGAAGACAGAAGACAUUCCCUUGAACGUAAAGCUGAUCAGUUAGAUAUUCAAUUACAAGAAAAACAAAAAGCUUAUUCGGAAUAUUCAAACCAAGAAGAUGAACUAGUUAGUAGGUUGGCUGUUUUGAUAGAUCAUGAUAGAGUAGUAGAAAAACGACUACAUGAAAUAGAAAUUGAGAAUAGGCAACUACAGGAUAAGAUUCAUCAUGUUACUGAAGAAAAUCAACAUUUGCGUAAAUCGUUAAGCGAUAUCCAAGAACAUUAUAAUAAUCUCAUUGAUACGGCGAGGAAAGCAGAGGCUGCUGAAUCUGAGGUUAUUAAAUAUCAGACUCAAUUACGAGAUUUAGAAAGUCAAUAUAAACGAUUCAUACAGGACCAUCAAACAAUGAUAGCAAAAAAGAAGCAAGAUAUUGAAGAUUUGGAAUCAGAAUUUAAUACACAAAUAGAAAAUGCUAUCAAAGAGAAGAAACUAUUGAGCGAAAAGUAUGAAAAGAUUUGUGAGCAUGUUACUCAACUAGAAAAUAAACUAUUGGAAUAUAGAAACGAAAAUGAAACAGUUAAAAUAAAUAUGGAAGAACUAAAUAGAUUGAAUCAAGAACUUUUAGCAAAGUCUGUUACCUAUGAACAAUCUGUUGCACCCGAUUAUACUGAACUAUACAUUAGUGAAAUAAAUAAACUGAAUUCAGUAAUAAAUAAUAAGAACCAAGAAAUUAAUGAACUCAACGGAAAGUUACACACAUUGCAGGUCAAUAGUGUAGCUAUUGUUUCGAAUUUAGAAAGCAAAAUAAGUGAAUUAACUAAUAAAUUUCAACAAUCAACUGAGGACGUCGAUCAACUUAUGAGAGAAAUUUCCAACCUCAAGGAAACGGAUAAUCACCGACAACAGAUGUUAGUUCAUAAGGAUGAACAAAUCAAAGAAUUGAAAGAGAGGAAAAAGGUCACUUUUGAAAUGAAUAUUCCAAAAACUGAAGGUAUGGUCAUUUCGUCUACAAUAGAAGCUUUAAAUUUUGAAGAACAACCGAAAUCGGAUGUUUUUGAAUUGGAAUCACAAAUUUUGACGGACCAACAACUUCAAAGUGAAAAACACGCUGAUGCCAUUGUGAGUGUACCUUUACAGAAAACUCAUGACAGUAAAAAUGUUGAGGAAGUAAUAGUACCGAAAAAAGCCUAUUUAUGUUAUAAAGAAGAAGCAAAUGUUGAAGAAUCUGAUCCUUUUAAUUCGGACGAAGGCUGGGGUCUUGGAGAUACUGAAGAUGUCGGAGACGUUGUACCAGAUAUAACUCAGCUUAAUAUGCAAAUAUGCCAACUUCAAAAAGAUAAUGAAACGUUGAAAAAAAAUUUGGAUACAACCAAUAUGAAGUUAUUAAAGGUGAUGAAAAAAUUCAAGGAAUUGAAAUCUAACAAUGAAACUUUAACAAACGAGUUGAAAUUGUUAAGGCAACUAUCUGAAUCUUCCUUUUUAGAUAGUGCUAUAGAAGAUGAACUGCGCAGAAAUAUUCAGGGGUUAGAGAAAAAGAUAGAAGAACUUAACUCUGACAUAGUGAAAGAAAAACGUGAGAAAGAAUCUAUCAAAAAACAAAAUGAAGUUAUUAAUUCUGCAAACGAAAAAUUAAUGGAAAUGAAAGAAAAACUUGAUAGUGAAAUAGAACUUUGGAAGUUUAGAUUUAAAGAAGUCAAUGAUAAAAUAUCAACAUUACAUUGGAGUGCAGAUAAUAAAGAUUCGCCUGAUCAUAAACGCAAAACAGACAGUGGAAAUGAUAAAGAUGAUGUAAUAAAAGAAGAAAUUGCUAAACUUGAAAAAGAAAAUGAUGAAUUACAAGUAUUGGUUGAUCAAUUGACUGCACAGAAUAGAGAAUUGACGAAUAUUCAGACUAAUCUUGGACGUGAGAUAACUAAUCUAAAUCAGCAAUUACAAGAACAUAAGUGUAGUAAUUGCUUGAGUCUUGACAAUCUCAUAAGAGAAUUAAAAAGUAAGAAUAAAGAAUUAUUAAAAGAGAUUGAUGCGCGGAAUGAAAGCAUAAAUGAUUUAGAAUUGCGAUAUAAAGAAGCAGAGGAACGUCUUGAAAUUUCAAAAGUAAAUAAUGAUAAAAUAUGUACCAAGUUUGAAACUGAAAAGAAGGAGAUGGAAGAAAAAUGUUUUGACCUACAAAAUAAACUACAAAUAGCAAUAGAAAGGGAAAGUAACCACAAGAUAAAAAUAGAAACGCUUAUAUCUGAAAUGAAUAUGUUGCAACUUAAUUUACAAAAUGCGGAUGAAAUCCACAAACAAAGCGAAAACAUCAUACUUGCCGAAAAAUAUGCCACAAUGGAAGAACAUUGUUCGCAAUUACAACAGCGCUUAGAGGAAAGUAUUAAGAAGUUAGUAGAAGCAGAUACUGACAACCAGGAAUUGAAUAAUAAAUUAUUAGAGUAUAAAAAACAAAUUAACGAACUUUGUUCCGAAAUAAGUAAUAUCACUGUUGAAAAAGAUGAAUUAAAAUUGACUAUCGCCGAAUUACGUUCUUCUCUGUCAAGUAAGGAAUUACAAAAUGAAAAAUUAGAUUAUGAACAACAAAUUUCAGAACUUAAAUCCAAAGUUGAACAUCUCAACACUGAAAAUGAUCAAUUACUUUCAACUGUGGCAGAAUUGCGUUCUUCCGUAUCAAGUGCAGUUGACCAACGAGGGUUUGAAAUAGCAGAGCUUUGGAAGCAGCAUUUAGCACAAAGAGAAGCUGAUUUUCUUAAAAUGGAACAAGAACUUAGAGCGGAGUUGGCCGCUGCGGAGUCAAAAUACGAACAGCUUCUAGAUAAUAUUCAAUCUUCUAGUCAAGAAGAAACAGAUAAAUUAAUUAUUAUGGAACAGAUAAAUUCCUUACAAAGUAAAUUACAAGACAAAGAUGAACACUUACAUACUCUUCAAGAUAAAUAUGGUGAAGUUAUUAAUCAGCUGGAUAUAUUACGUUCAGAACUGGAAGAUGAAAAAGUAAUGUAUGAAAACAAAAUUUUGUCCCAACAAGAAGAAUACGAAAAUAUGUUACAAGCUUUAGAAAUUAAAAAUAAGGAACAAGAAGAAAAACAUGAACUAGAUUUGAAGAAUGUUCAAAAUGAGCUAGAAACAAUUAAAUCGCAGAAUAUUGAAUCAAACCAAAAUAUUUAUGACUUGAAUAGAAAAAUAGAAAUCUUUGAAAAAACAAUAACAGAUUUGAAUAAUCAGUUGCGUAUAAAAGAAAGUGAAGUUUAUCAAAAAUGUAAUGAAUACACUAUUGCGUUGACACAAAGAAAUGAAGAGUUCGAAAAUGUUAGAAAGAACUUGGUUGAAUAUGAAAAAAAGAUUGAAGAUUUAAGUUUUGAAAAAGAAUCUGAAUUAGCUCUGCUUAGGUUAAAAAUGCACGAAAAUACAGAAAGUUAUGACAAAACUAAAAAAGAACUGAAAGCUGAGCAAUUGAGUUUAACUGAAGCUUUAAAUGCAAAAAUUGUAGAAUGUACAAGUCUCAAUAAACAGAUAGUGGAUUUAAAUAAGGAACUAGCAGAAAAUGCUUUAAAAUCUACAGAAAUGCAAACUGCUCUCGAAAAUCAAGAAUUAGAAAUAGUGACAUUGAAAGACGAAAUAUUAAGCUUGCAGCAAAUUAUGAAAAAAACCAGUAGUAAGAUUGAAAAACAUGUAACUUUUGCAUCAGACACUAAGACGAGUGCUGACGGUGAACCGUCAGAAAUAUUAAUGAAUAGAGAAUUAUUGGAUGCUGUCCCUAGAGCUGAGCUCGAUUUAGCUUUGUAUAUGUUGCAUCAAAGGGACGUACGCUGUGAGGAAUUAACUAUGGAACUUACGCAAUUACUAGACGAAAGAGAUACCCUUCAAUUGCGGCUCUCUGACAGCUUGCGCUCUAACGAGGAAUUGAAAUCAAAAUUAAAAUCUUCAGACUUAGACAUGUCAGACAUAACAUCAAGUGACAAUCAAGAGAAUGUAUCGGAACUACCUAGUUUUAGCAUAGAGAAAGAAGCAAUGUUUGUCGAUACACACCGGGGUCAGACUUCUCGGAGUAGCAGCAUAAGUGACUUUGAUCCUGAUAAACCGAAGCUACAAGCUAAGUUAUCAGAGUUACGCAGCGUGAAACACAGUCGUGAUGUGCGAUUCCGACAAGAGAGUGAGCAACGUCAAAUGGACUUGCGGCUGUUGCAGCGAGACGUGGCCAAUCUACCGCAAGAAGCUGUCGAUCAACUUGCACAAGCUCACCACACACUAUCACGCGAUUCGCAAAGUACUUCAACGGUGUUACUAAACUGGUUACGAGGUAAAAGCACGCCCAAAGUUGUACACAUGUGAGUUUGACCGAAACUCGUUACGAUCGUCAGGAUAAAUCAGGAAUUGAAAAUAUGUAAAUCAAUUACUUACAUAUGUAUCGUACCUUGAAUUAUAAUUUUAAUGAAUUUACUCUUCUUACUGUUUUAAUAUGUUUAUUGUUAGACUGUGACUUUGCAUUUAUGUGUCAAAAAUUUCCGCCACUACCUACCCAGUAAUAUGACACAAUCGUAAAAUGUUUGAGAGAACAUUCUUUUUAUGAAUUGUGCAGUUAAACGAACUUACCAAAGAUUAUCAAUUUUAUAGGGCUCGUCUUAAUGUCAAUAAAGUAAGUCUUCGAGCCUUAAAGUACCAUUGAUUUUAUUAUUAUUCUUCUGAAGGAAUAGUCGGUAUUCUAUGUGACAUAAAAUUUAUGUUUUAUAAUCUUUAUAUUGUGCACUGUUGUCAUUACUUUCUAAUUGAUUUUCUUGUUUAACCAUACUACGAACAAAAUAUAAAAUAUCAGUAUACCUAACUACAACAAGCUGCGAGUGAAAAAGAGACCUAGCUGACCUUGUAGAACUAGGAUUAUAUUUAUGUUCUGUACCAAGUGUGGCCUUAACAUAACUAAACCGAUCUAAGUUUAUUGGUAUGAUUUGGUAAGUGCGAUCGAAACGACAUUUACGAUGCAUUCCUAUUUCUUUUUAAAUAAUAUCUGUGUUAUUUCCAGUAUCUAUAAUAAUCGGUGGUAUUAUUCAAUUAGUAAUAGCUAAUGGUAUUAAUCUAUGUAAAGUUUGUAUGGAAUUAUGUACAUUUGCGACCAAUAAAAUCAUGCCAACGUCAAAGUUUCAAAUAUGAUAUGCUCUUUACUGAUUUUGUAUUAUUUUAGAAUUCAUGAUUAGUUACACAUUUGAAUACCUUUGUUAUGUAUCUGUAUGUAAAAACAUGAUGUUGCAAAAUUGAUGGCCAGAUUUUCUUGUCCGCAUGUGUAAUAUUUUAUUAAUAAGUGAAGAUUCAGUUUAUUAUAACUUUUGUUGAGAUUUUUGAAAUCAUUAUGCUUUUUAAUUAAAAUGUGCCUUCGCCGAUUUAUUAACAGCAAACGUCGCCUAUUUCCUUAUACGACGCGACAGGUCGGUAUUAAAAUUUAAUUUGUAUAAUUUUAUGUAUAUAGCGGAUUCAGAGUAAGGAUCUCUUGUAAAUUACCAUUGUAAAUUUGUUUUUGAAUAAACGUUAUCUCAUCAUGUUAACUACUACUUACUUUUCUUGUUAAGCCACCUCGUCCAUAGUUAAACGUCAGUACGUAGAUCAUGUCAGGUAAAUGAACAGAAAAAUACCAUAAUUUUGAAAGGAAUUUAUUGUUUCUUUUUAAGUAUUUACAUCUAACUUCUCAAUCAUCUAACGAUCCGAAAGACACUUAAAUUAGGUAUUUUAAUAAUCACAUAUAAAAACAAUUUUAUGCAUUUCCGCUUGUCAUAAUAUAUUGGAAUCCUGCUUCUUAUAAUUUCUCAUACUUAGUACAGUGCAAUGAAUAGCGAAGAUCACUUUUAUUUUGAGCUAAAUUGCUCUUACUUCAUACAUCACAGGAAAACACUUUCCCUCAACUCCUAGUACACUACUUCAUAACGAAAGUACCUAAAUUUCCUACAAAACUAUAUCAAAAAGCCAGUCCGAAGCCAGAUAACAAGCAAUAAUUAAUAAAACUAACUUUGUAAUGCGUAUAUUUUCCCACAUAAUUUUACAUACAACUUAAGUAUUAUAAAUGUCUAUUUUGUUUAAUGUCAACUUUUAUGAUCCAACAACAUAAUUCAAGCGCUGGCGUAUUCCACAACCAAAACAAUAUGAAACUUAAACAAUAUACAGGAAUAUGAAUAUAUUUAUUCGGAAUAUAAUUUCUGCUCUCAAAGGUAUUAGUUGAAGAUAUGCCUUUCAAGCUAUAUUAUUUUAUUGCUAGACUUUUACAAAAAAGAAAUACUUUAAUAGUAGUGUUACUUAUGGCACCACAUGCUUAUAGCAUAUUUUAUAUUUAGUUUUACAAUAUGUACAUUAUAUAUUUAUCUACAUAUUUCGCAUAUAGCUUACUGUUUAGGAAAACAGGUAUGUCAGGGAGGAAAAUAUUGCACUUUACACUCUCCUACAAUUUAUCACCUGUUUUCCUAUGGAACUAGUGGAAGACGUCAGAGUGAUUCCUUGUUAAACUUAAUAAUUAAUCAACUAAAACUUAACUCGGUGUUUGAAAAUAUAGAAAACUUUAUAUAUACAGAAAUUACAGUUAGGUAUCAUUACCUACCUGUUUAAUCAAACUUACAAAUAUUACAGUAUUACUUAUACUUGAUGAAAUUUAUCACAAUUUAAUAGUAAUCAUGAAUUUGAUUGAUUAAUUAGUCAUUGGAAAUACUAUUAAGUACAAAAUAAUAUAAUAAGAACUGUUAUACUGACUAUUGCAUUACGAUUAUUUCCAAUUUUUGCAUAAAUAGGAACAAAGUUCUGUUUUAAAUGACUAAUUAAUUUAAUACUAUCCUAAACACUUAUAGAUGAUUCCUAAAUCACAUGUUUUUUUUUUAGUUUUUCCUAACAUCCUUAAUUUAUAAUCUUUACAUAGUAACUCCUAAGUUAACAUAUUAUGACUGGAAGUGACUAUGAUACGAAGUUUGAUAACUUUUCAAUUCUAUCACAAUAAAAGUUCAUUGUUGGUAUUUCUCAUCAAACAGGAACAAGAUUAUAAAUUUAUAAUUAAAUCCCUUAUAAAUUAUUUAAGAGAAGCAUAUAGUUUGAAAAUAUACAGCCCUUUGUCUAAGUAUACUAUUUUAACAUAUUUAAUUAUAUAGAUUUGAAGAGAGGUGUAGUAACUUUGAACGCAAAUAUUAUAGUCAACUCUGUAGUAGUCUAUAAAUAUAAUAACAAGUGAAAUAAUAUUAGUUUUUACAUAUUAUAAAGCGUAAUUUAUUGCCUUCCCCCGAAAUAGACGAAACCUGAUGGAAAUUGUAUUUUAUAAUACAAACUUGGAUUUACGAAAGACGAAACAGUGUAUUUUGUUAUUAAUAAAUUUUGAACAGAUUUUUCGAAUCUGAGUGAUUAUUUAUCUAUUAAAAUAAUUGAACUCUAUAAAUUCAUUGUUUAUCAAUAUUUUCUUACUCAUAUGUAUUUUUAGUAAUUAGAAAUUUAAUUACACGUUGACAAACAAUACUAUACUAUAAUAAUAUCUAUAAAUAAUGAUAGGUUUCUGAAGUAGUAAAUCAGUCAUCAUUGAAAUUAUGAUAUUGCGAAAUAAAAAGUUAGCUCAACUUUGGUCCCAUUCGAUUACAAUGUUUAUGUAAUGACUAUGUGUAACAGCUAUUAAUAUUAAUGGUGGAUAGCGCCAAGUGAAAUGGAAGCUUAUGCCUUAAAAAUACAGAGGUAGAUUGUAAUUUCUAGAACCUUUUAUAUCUGAAACGUGUAAUCAUUGCUGUCCUAGUUUUUAGUAUCAAUAUAGCUAUAUGGUUCGGCCAUAUAACAAGAUGUGCUCAGUAACUGUUGAACGCAUGUAAUUAACUGUCAAAUAACUAAAGCUGUCUCAGUCGUGGAGUCUCGACACGUAGAAUAGAGCUCGCGUCAUAAUCAACGCGCACUUAACCUAUACAACAUAAAGUAAGUAGGCACCUACGUUAGACACAUGCCAUUGUCAGUCUUGGUAUCAGUCCUCCAUCAUCGUGGAUGCACGCACGUCUUAGUUUAAAGUAUUUUCGUACUAACGCACCAUGUUUAAAGCAAUAUAGUUAGUGGUCACUGCGCACGGCGGCGUCGCCUCAGAAGUGCACGUCUCUGACGUCGGUGGGCGUAGCGGCGUUACUGUGCGCCUUGUCCUGGCUGGGAGGGGGGGUCCAACCCGCUGCCUCCCUGCUCUGGCCGUUUGGGAUUGAGAUGGACCUCUCCUCUAUCAUGUUGUCGACCAUCGCUUCGAUUUGUUCCAAGCAUGUCUGGAGACAGUCC